CCUGAGGUUUUUCUUUGGCUGGUUGUGCGCCUGUGCGAAAAAAGGCCUCGAUCCCUGGUUUGAGGACGCGUUUAGGAAACUCUAGGGCGCCACCGUCCAGGGUCUGGGGUGCUCCAAGUGGGGAAGGUGUGGGGCUCCUUUUUGCGCCUUUGCGCCUACGGGCGAUGCCUGCGAGCGAUCGUCCCCGCCGCCUCGGGCCUCGGCGUUGACGGAAAUCGCAUGGGCGGCCCUGUGGGGCGUCCGCCGGGACCGCCGCAAGAGCCCUCAAGACCUUCCCAGUAAGGGCCUUGAGCGUGUUUCCACCAUAAUGCGCGGGAGACCGCAGCCCAGGGUCCUCCAGCCGUGCCGGGGGACUGAGGGCGGCGGAGGUGCUGUUCCAGCGGGCCACUCCCAACGGGUGCGCGCGCUCUCUCUUCCUCCCCGGCCCCCCACGGGUUGGCAUGGGACCAGCGCCGCCACCGAUGUCUUUGGCGAGUGAAGGGUCCACCUUGCCGAAGCCGGGCAGUCCUACCCCCGAGUUCCUGGAGCCCCAGCAUUAGCGGAUGAGUGUGCCUUGGGAUUCCUGCCGCCUUCAUUUCCUUGUCUGGGAGGAUGGGAGUCACUUUCAUUUUGUGCCUUCGUGCUCCAGAUUACUGGCUGGACACCUGAGAUAACGUCAGCAGUACCAGAUUCCUCAUCACCACCAACUCCAGCAGUCAGCUGCCCUCAGAGAUGGAAGAGAGGGCACGAGCAAGUGAGGUUCUGGUCCCCGCAGCACUCAAGAAUGGAACCAUGGGAACUAGCAUGCGGUGAGGAUGCUGGUGGCUACCUUCUGGCUCCCAGCUCUACGAUGGGUAACGUCAUUGUACCACUUUAUGUACGAAGAUGAAGGACCCUGACAACAAAACCUAAAACAAACCCUCACACUAGAUCAACAAAGAGGAACGCUCUCGUUCUCCAGCAGUCGUGGGCGUGUAUGGAGACUGCCCUUCCUUUUGUUUUCACGUGUGGCAGAAACUCAGGUUGGUCCCCAGGAGACAGGACCAAGGCAUCAAUAUCCUGAUGUGCCAGCCACACCUAGACGACCCAAAGACAGGCAAGUCUGGGAAAGUACAUUUUGCGCGGUCCAGUUUAGGAGGGAAAACAGAUGGCUUAGCAAAGUGUCAGAAAACAAUUCAGACUCCAGAAAAAUUUAGCCUAGGGGCUUGCAAACCUGAUGUUAACCCCUUUACAAAACACGGAGAGGUCAAUCCGGGGCACAGGCCUCCAGAGGUAGAGCCAGGCUCUGUGCCAAAGCACCGUCCCUCCUAACUCGCCCCUCUCAUCAGGCUAUGUCCUUUUAUUUAUUUGUUUAUUUAUUUAUUCAUUAAAAACAAUUUUUUUAAUGUUUAUUUAUUUUUGAGAGAGAGGGAGAGAACGAGCAGGGGAGGGCAGAGAGAGAGGGAGAUUCAGAAUCUGAAGCCGACUCCAGGGUCUGAGCUGUCAGCAAGGAGCCGGACGAGGGACCAAACUCACAAACCCCGGUAUCAUGACUUGAGCCGAAGUCGGCUGCUCAACCAACUGAGCCACCCAGGGGCCCCUAUCAGGCUUUGUCCUUUUUUUUUUUUUCCCCUUCACGCUUUGUCUUUAGAGCCCGGUGCCGGGGUCGCCUCCUGGGACCUCAGCGAUUUCCGCUUCUGCGCGUCCCGCGUUAAGUCUAGCCCGCCGCGUGGGCGAGUGUCUAGAGCGCAGGACGCCGAGCCGGGCGACCGCACACUUCACUCCCCGGGAUCCACGGAAGCUGGGGAGCGCCUGCGGGACUCCAUUUCCCAGCGCGCCGCGCGGGGAUGCCUAGACGUUGCCGCGGAUAUCAAGCAGGGCUCCGCCCACGCGGGACGGGAACUGCGCUUCCCAGAAGCCGCCGCGCGUGCGUCCGCAGCGUGCACUGGGCCUAUGAGGACUUUCGGGGGCUGGACUUCCGGCGUCCCGGACUGUCACUUUGCUACCGGGCGUUGGGCCACACCGGUAUUGGUGAACUGGAGCGCCGCGAGCCCCCAGGCCGGUUUCUUAGAAGGUUUGGAGGCCCGAGGCGAGGGCUGGGAGGAAGACCCGAGCGGUGGGCCGUCUCGCGCACGCCCUGAUUGCGGGCGACGGUCGCGCCCCGAGCCUAGGCUUCUCCGUGAGGAGCCUGGGCCGCUCCGCGGGGCUGUGGGGCGGCGCCCCGAGUCACGUGCUGUCCGACCCCGGGACGGCGGGGGAGGCGGCGCCCUGAGCGACCCUGCCUUACACGGCCCGGGAGGCUGAGACCAGGAGCCGGCGAGUCCGUGUUGUCCGUCUCUUUCUGCGAGUCCCCGAGUACAGGUUCUGAUGGCGACCGCGGCGCUGACAGACCGGGCCCAGGUGAGUAGAGGAAGCGUAAGGCUCCCAUCCGCCCGGAUCCCUCCUCGAAGGACCCGAUCCUCGACGCAGGGAGAGACUUUACCUGCACGUUUUGUCUCCCCUCUCGGUUCGUCCUAGGCCCCGGCGUUCAGGCCAGUGGAGCGUGCACGUGUGAGAUCCCCACUUCUGGCAGCCAAGGGAGUGAGGUGUAGAAGGAAGUUCCAAGCAGAGGGUCCCGCACGUGCAAAAGCUGGGAGGGGAGACUGAGCCUAGGUGGUUCCGGAGCUGAGCUUCCUGACGUGAGCACGGGAGAGAAAUGGCAGGCUUGAGUUGCAUCGGGGGCCAUGGGAUGAUUCUAACAGAGCCUGGAUAUGCUUUAAGUCAGAGACUUGAAAGUAACCCACCGUUUGCUUGGCGGAGAAAUGACGCAGAGGGGGUGGCCGUGUGCAGGGAGCAGGCAGCACCACAGUCCAGGUGGCCGAACACGGCACCCGCUGCACACGGGGCCAGCGGAGACGGGAAAGUGGCUGGAUUCUGGAACGAUCUGAUGUGUCAGGUGCGGCGUGUGAGCGAGUGCCCCGAGCGGAGCACGGUCCCAAGUGUUUAAGCCUGAGCACCCAGGAGAAUGGAGCUGCUGUAGACAGAAACAGGAAUUUGAAGGGAAAACAGGUUUCAGAGUAAAAACAGGGAGUCUGUGAUGUCCCAGAGUGGAGGUAUCAUGUGGACCUGGAAUUGUAGGUGUCCGAGGACAGAGUCCUGGUAUUCGGAACCAAGGCAGGGCCUGGGAAUCAGACUUAGGAGGAGGGAAUAGCGUAGAUUCAGCCAGGGACGGGUAGUGCUCCAGGGAGAUGCAAAGAGGCUGGUGGCCCCUGGGGCUCUCAGGGGAGGUCUGGCAAGUGGCUGAAGGGAGGGUUUUGGCCAAGGAAAUGGGGGGCGAGGAGCACAUGGCUAUAGAGGGAGAGGGGAACUGGCUUCCUGCGUGGCGACCAGACUCUUGGGGCCAGUCCUAUAGUGACUGGAGGGGAUUAGCCGGUCCUUCAGGCUGAAGGAGCAGCCUUGGAAUGUCAGGCAGGUUCAGCAGAGGCGGGCAUCCCUAUGGGGAUGGGCAUGGCUUGUGGGUCCACAGCUAGGACUUGUACAGUUGCUAAUUACAAGAACAGGUAAGGGCGUGGCACGUCUGGAGAGGGUCAACUUGUGCAAAGACUGGAGCACGAGUGGACACCUGGGCCUGCCUUUGGAGUGGCAGCCAUCUGAAGGCCAUGGGCUUGCUCUGGCUGCCUUGUAUAGAGUGGCUAGUAGGCAGUCUGAGAAGACCUGUAUGCCCUAGACAGGUAGGGUGGAGGGGAGGGGAGGGAAGUUUCGUCUGCAGAGUUGCAGAGCCCUGGGGUGGGGCGGGGGGGAAGGUAAGCAUCUGAGGGACACUAGUUGGGGUAGCCAUUGGGACAGGGAGGCGGGUCCUGGGUCCCACAGCCAGAGCUUAGAUUGUGUCUGCCUUCCCCUGCCCACUCUUGUAGGGCCUGAUGGCCUUUGAGGAUGUGGCCGUGUACUUCUCCCAGGAGGAGUGGGAGCUCCUGGACGCAGCCCAGAGGGCCUUGUACUGCCACGUGAUGUUAGAGAACUUCGCGCUUGUGUCCUCGCUGGGACUCUCUGCCUCACGACCCCGGGUGGUCCUGCAGCUUGAGCGUGGCGAGGAGCCCUGGGUUCUCAGCGGGACAGUUGUGACACCAGCCAGGAAUGCUCAGAGAAAGCCCAGCCCUGGUCCCUGUCAUCUGGCAUAUGACAAGGUUGUUCCUGAAGCAGCUUUGCCAGUGACCUUCCAGAAUGGCUCCCUUCCAGCACCUACCUUCACAGGCACCUGCGAACGUGGGAAAAGCUCAGUGGGUUGGCAGGGCACCUCCCUCUCUCAGGAGAAAAAGUCCACAGGCGUGUCGGUAAUCUAUUGGGAAAGGCUCCUGCUGGGUCCUGGCAGCGGGGAAGCCAAUGUCAGUCUGCGGUUAACCUCUCCCCUGAGGACUCCUGAGGACAGCCCGCCUAGGGAGAAAGCCCUCAUGAACCGCCCCAUGCCAGACGAGCAGCCGAGGCCAUGUGGGGGCCAGAAGCCAUUUGGGCAGGAUGGCCCUGGAAGAGGCUGCCCCAAAAUUCCAGAAUUUGAGGCCGGUCUCACCUCUGGGGAAAGAGAAAAGGGUGGAACUAGCCUCAAGCCUCAUGGACUCCCUGCUAGCCAAGAGCCCCCCACCUGGGAUCAGCUGGGCAAGGCCCUCCACACAGGCCCCAGCUUCCUCUCCGGGGAGAAGCCCUUCGAAUGCAGGGCGUGCACCAAAGUGUUUCUGAAGAGCUCCGACCUGCUCAAGCACCUGCGCACCCACACCGGAGAGCGGCCAUACGAAUGCUCUCAGUGUGGCAAGGCCUUCAGCCAGACAUCACACCUGACGCAGCACCAGCGCAUCCACAGCGGUGAGACGCCCUACGCGUGCCCGGCCUGUGGCAAGGCCUUCAGGCACAGCUCCUCGCUGGUGCGGCACCAGCGCAUACACACCGCUGAGAAGUCCUUCCGCUGCGGCGAGUGCGGCAAGGCCUUCAGCCACGGCUCCAACCUCAGCCAGCACCGCAAGAUCCACGCGGGCGGGCGGCCCUACGCAUGUGCUCAGUGCGGCCGCCGUUUCUGCCGCAACUCGCACCUGAUCCAGCACGAGCGCACGCACACGGGUGAGAAGCCUUACACCUGUGCCCUCUGUGGUGCCGCCUUCAGCCAGGGUUCCUCCCUCUUCAAGCACCAGCGCGUGCACACGGGCGAGAAGCCCUUCGCCUGCGCACAGUGUGGCCGCGCCUUCAGCCACAGCUCUAACCUCACGCAGCACCAGCUGCUGCACACUGGGGAGCGGCCCUUCCGCUGCGGGGACUGUGGCAAGGCUUUCGCCAAGGGCGCGGUGUUGCUCAGCCACCGACGCAUCCACACGGGCGAGAAGCCCUUCGUGUGCGCACACUGCGGCCGUGCCUUCCGCGAGCGCCCGGCCCUCUUCCACCACCAGAGGAUCCACACGGGAGAGAAGCCCGUGCGGCGGCCUCGGCGUGGGGCGGGCCUGUGCCCCCAGGCCAGGCCUUCUUCAGGGGCACCGUCCGAGGGCACGCCGGGCAGAGUGGCUGGGCCCACUCCCACCUCAGGCCCGCCGGCAGUUUCGAAGCCUGCUGACGCCUGAGCUCACAGCUCCAGCCUCCCCCGCGCUGUGGGAAAAUGCCCUUGUCCCCUGCACAUUCUGGAGAAGCCCUGUGCGUGCCCGGUGGUGCCGUCUGCACACGGUGACGAUAUUUGCCAUUUCGGCAGCAGCUCACUCCCACUCUAAGAGAUCUGACUACAGAAGGAUCAGGGGGAUGGACGUGGAGGCUGGGACUUUGGUGGGCAGAGACUGGGCAAUCAGAGUGCCGCUUCAUUCAGGCCUGUUAUGACUGUGAGCACUCGGGUGAGGAGGGGAAGGCUGGAAUGUUGGGGAGGCAGUCCCAGAAAUUUCUGACGCCCGCGCACAUACGGCCAACAGGCUGACCCUCAGGAUAUUCUCUCAAGACCUCGGUUCAUCAGAGGCUUCUGGGAGCAGGCCCAGUGGACAGUAAGUCAGGUUGGGGUCUGGUGUUGGCCUUGGGCUCUGAGCCUCAGUUUCCACCUCUGGGGAAAAGACAGGAAGAGAGAGGGAGAGAGAUUCAGGCUACAGAGGGUAUUUGCAGCCCCGUGACAAGCGGGAUCUCGAUAAGGGCCAACAUGGGCCAACUGCCAGCCCUGUGAGAUGGCUACCAUGGCUGGUAUCCCCACUUCUCAGUUGAGGAAACUGAGGCAGAGAGUGGGAGUGUGCUGCUGCAGAGCAGAGCCCGGGACUGAAAUCCAGGCCACAGGCCCAGCUCCUCUCUCUGCCCCCACGCUCGGCACUCGUGCUCUAGUCUGCCAGUGUGAAGGCUGGGCGAUGCCAGGCCUGGCUUCCUGCACAUGGCAGUCCCACAGGACGUGGAGGAAGUAGAGGUGGAGGUCCCUGGGGUGGGAGGAGGGAGACGAACAUCACUGUGUUCCUUCAGGUUUCACCCAGGCCUCAGCCCUGGCCACGCCCUGUUGUUACCAAAGUCACCAUUACAGGGGUGUUUAUAUCCCCGCUGCCCUGGUGACAGGUGACCACGAUAGCAGGCUGGAGGAGACCAGAUGGGACUGCUUGUUUCUGCAGGGUCAGUGGGCAAGUGCCCACCUGUUCUCUUCCCUCAGUUGGAAAGAGGAUUUGCUGUCACCUAAGGCCACGUGUGUGUGAUGCCCUCCCAUCGUGGGACACCUCCACGUGGCUGGGACACGUGGUGGACUGGGGCCCACGUUUCUCCCUGUGGCCCUCAGCAGAGCAGGCCCUGUCUUGACCUCAGGCCUCACCCCUAGGGAUGUCAGUGGUCUCUUUUCUUGGGAACAAAAAAGAAAAGACCAAAAAUUAUAAGUUGGAGUGGAUGUACAUUGUGUAAAUCCCUGCACAGCACUGUGGAAAUCCACAACCUCAGUCUCUCCUCCCAGCCUCCAGGUCAUGGUUCAGACAGCUUUAACAACACAGUCUAGAGAGGCUUCCUGAUAAAAAUUUCUUUGUCAAACA